GAAGCAGCAGCGGCGCGAGGAGCCGAGGAACAACACUCCAUAACAGUCCGCUGGAUUUUUACUGGAAAUACCGUUUUAUCUCAUAGUUUAACGAUUUAUCGCCGGGGAAAUCUGGAGGAAAAACACCGAUCGGGGGCAAAAUGGCGGAUUGUAAUGGUCAAAGCCGAGGAGGAGGCUUUGAGCGUCUGACCGCAGAAGAGAUGGAUCAGCGCAGGAUAGAGGGUGUGGCUUAUCAGUACCUCUGUCACCUGGAGGAGGCUAAACGGUGGAUGGAGGCAUGUCUGGGGGAGGAGCUACCCCCUCCCACAGAGCUGGAGGAGUCUCUGAGGAACGGGGUGCUGCUGGCCAAACUGGGACACCGCUUCUGCCCCGACACAGUUCCUUUAAAGAAGGUGUACGAUGCAGACCAGGCCAGAUAUCAGGGGAUGGGGCUGCAGUUCCGUCACACUGACAACAUAAACCACUGGAGGGCGGCCAUGACGGCAUUGGGCCUCCCCUCGAUCUUUUAUCCAGAAACGACUGAUGUGUAUGAUAAGAAGAACAUGCCCCGCGUGGUCUACUGCCUCCACGCUCUCAGCUUCUAUCUGUACAGGCUGGGACUAGCACCUCAGAUCCACGACCUGUACGGGAAAGUCGACUUCACAGAGGAGGAGCUCAAUAAUGUGAAACUGGAGCUGGACAAAUAUGGGAUCCAGAUGCCAGCGUUCAAUAAGAUUGGUGGAAUUCUGGCCAAUGAACUCUCAGUGGACCAGGCAGCAGUGCAUGCAGCGGUUAUAGCCAUAAAUGAGGCGGUGGACCGGGGCCAAGUGGAGGGGACGGCUAAGGCUUUAAAGAAUCCCAAUGCUAUGAUUGAAUACUUGCAUGAAGCACUGGUCAGUGUGUAUCAGGAGCUACUGCAACAGAGCAAGAGGCAGAAGGCCCUGAAUGCAAAGAAUCGGGGUAGAGCUGAGGAGAAGGACAUCUAUGAGGAGUACCUGACUCAAAAAGAAAUCCAGCAGAACAUCAACAUGGUGAACCUGCAUUGGGCUGUGGAGCAGGUGGACCAGGCCUUGGACUCCUCUGAUGAGCUGGCUCUCCUCUCAGCUCUCAGUGUGCCCUGUUUGUCCCUGCGAGGCCUCCAUCCAGAGUUGGCCCUGUGCUACUUGGAGCAGCUCAACGCAGACCGACAGCACAAAGCUCUGGAGCAGGGCUGUGUGGACCCUCUGGAUCCUGAGGAGCUGCAGGAGGGCAUCUCCACAGCCAACAGAGAUGCUCAAAAGAAAAACAGCAUGGAAGGGGCCUUGUUGAAGCUGAACCAGUGUCUGCAGGGCUCAGACCCCAGACUCACCCUGAGCUCCCUGAUGAGCCCAGUGCUGGACCUGCCCCCUGUGCUGCCCUCUGCUGCCAGGCUGUACCACUCUGAGCUCCAGCAGAUACAGAGGCAGAGCCCGCAGGGUGCGCUGCAGCAAGAGGAGCUGUUUGUUGCAGUGGAGAUGCUGACCUCUGUUGCUGUCAUUAAUGAGGCGCUGGAGGCGGGGCUUAUGCAAAAGUUCAACUCCUCAUUGGUCAGUUCUUCGGCAGGUCUCAGUGAUGUAGAGCCUGAGUUGCUGCACAGAUAUUUCGAAGCUCUGACCUUGUUCAAAAAGCAGUCCAACGGAGCCAUGCUUAACUGGAACCAGCUCCAGAAUGAGAUCAACUCUGUUAACAGUGAGGUCCAGGAGCAGCACCAGCAGCUCCUGUGCGUGUCUCUCGUAAACGACGCAGUGAUGGAGAGGGACGUCCACAAACUGGUGUCUGCCUUGAAGCAGCCCUCUCUGAGUCUCAGCGCCGUGGUCCCCAGCAAUGCCAGCCGCUACCUGGUCCUUAUGAGGAGGGCCCAGCAGCAGCGUGCACAGGUGACUCGUGACCCAGAAGCAGUGCUGUGGCUGACAGACAUCCAAGAGACAGUGAUAAGAGCCAAUCAGGACACUCAGAAAGCGCUGAAGAUGUGCUUGGCGCUGGCAGCAGUAAACCAGGCGGUGCGAGAACAGCGUCCCUCUCAGACCUUCAGAGUCCUGUCUCUGCCUGAGCUGGGCCUGUCCAGUCUGGUGCCUCACUGUGCAGAGCAGUACCAGGAGCAACUCAGCACACUCCUGAAGGAGAGGGCUCGCACAGCUGCUAACUCCAGUCCAUGGAUUCGGACAGCGCUGGAUGACGACUCCGGCUUUUACUUCCACUUGAACAAACUGGAGGGCAGCUGGGACAAACCGCAGAACUUCAGGCCUAGCUCCCAGUUCCUCAGUCGCAGUGACAUCCAGUGUGUGGUGAGCAGUGCCUCGGCUCAACACACCCGCGGCCUACAGUGGAGGAGCAGGGAGGGGCUGGUGGUGCGCCUGCAGGCCGCGGCCAGAGGUUUCCUCCUGAGGACACAGCUGAAGAACAGACACACCUACUUUAUGGACAACAUCUCUGCUGUGGUCACUAUACAGUCCAACUGGAGAAGGUUCUUGGCUCAGAGAGCAUAUCGCCGGCGGCUGCAGUACCUCUACAUAAACUGGAGAGCUGUUGUGAAGAUUCAGUCCAUGGUCCGGAUGUGGCUGGUGAGGAGGAGGUACAGGGAGAGACUGCGGUUCUUCAGGCGAAAUGUGAAAGCAGUGUUGAAGAUCCAGGCCUUCUUCAGAGCCAACAAGGCCCGAGAGGAGUACAGACUGCUGGUGCACUCGGCCACACCCCCUCUGCGCGUCAUCAGGAAGUUUGCUCACCUGUUGGAGCUGUCCAAUGCUGACAUCACAGAGGAAGCGGAGCUUCUUCAAGUUAGACAGGAAGUUGUGAGGACCAUCCGCUUCAAUAAACAGCUAGAGGCCGACCUGGACCUCAUGGACCUGAAGAUAGGGCUUCUGGUCCGCAACCGGGCCACUGUUCAGGAGGUGGCAUCUCACUGUAAGAAGCUGACCAAGAAGAACAAGGAGCUGCUGUCGGACAUGAUGGACCUCGAGAAGAGCAAAGGUCUGAAGGCUCUGAGCCGCGAGCGCCGUGAGAGGCUAGAGGCGUACCAGCACCUCUUCUACCUCCUACAGACGCAGCCCCGGUACCUGGCUCAGCUGGUGUUCCUCAUGCCUCAGAGCAGGUCCACAGGCUUCAUGGAGAUGUUGGUGUUCAGUCUGUUUAACUAUGGCUCUGAUCGGCGUGAGGCCUUUCUUCUGCUGCAGCUCUUCACACAGGCGCUCCGAUAUGAGAUCAGGCUGAAGGUGGACCAUCCACAGGACGUGGUGACAGGAAACCCCACAGUCAUAAAGAUGUUGGUGAACUUCUAUCGUCACGCCCGUGGACACAACGCUCUGAGAGAGACUCUGGGCCCGGCCCUGAAGGAACUGCUCCUGGAGCAGAACGUCAGCAUCAGAACCGACCCUCUGGAGGUCUACAAGGCCUGGGUCAACCAGACUGAGACGCAGACUGGAACCAAGAGUGCUCUUCCAUAUGAUGUGACUCCAGAGGAGGCGCUGUCUCACCCUGAGGUACAGCGAAGAAUUGAUGUUGCCAUGGUCAAUCUGAAGAACCUGACUGACCGAGUGCUCAAAGCCAUCACCUCCAACCUGCACAUGCUGCCUUAUGGGCUGCGCUACACGGCUAAAGUCCUGCGAGACGCUCUGAGGGACAAGUUUCCUGGAGCCUCUGAGGAUGACAUCUAUAAGCUGGUGGGGAAUCUGGUGUACUACCGCUACAUGAACCCGGCUGUGGUGGCUCCUGAUGGCUUUGACGUUCUAGACCGCUCUGUUGGGUCCACCCUCUCCUCUGAGCAGCGCCACCUGUUGGCCGCUAUCGCUCGCAUGCUCCAGCAUGCUGCUGCCAACAAGUGUUUCCAUGGAGAUGGGUACCAUGUACGCAUGCUCAACCAGUACAUCACCAACAUCCACCAGAAGUUCAGGAGGUUCCUGGCAGCUGUGUGUGAUGUUCCUGAGCCAGAGGACAGGUUCAGUGUGGAUGAAUAUUCUGAGCUGUUGAAUGUGAAUAAACCAGUCAUCUACAUCUCCCUGAGCGAGCUCAUCAACACUCAUCAGCUUCUGGCGGAGCACCAGUCUGUCUUGUGCCCUGACCCAGCUGACCCUCUCCGAGCUCUGCUCCGAGACCUGGGCUCUGUGCCUACCCUACAGGAGCUGAGUGGAACUGCAGAGGAGUGUUCAUCUGAUGGAGACCAUACUCAGGCUCAUGUGGGGAAGACAGAGGUGUCUCUCACUUUGACCAACAGGUUUGACAUCUUCAGUGAGGAGCAAGAGCAACCGGACGCCAGAGGGGUGCUGCUCAGUACAAAGCAAAUGAUCAUUGAUGUGAUCCGAAUUCAGCCUGGAGACUCUCUGGCCCAGAUUCUUCGCUCGUCCGCCUCCCAGGAGCAGGCUGCACAUUACAACUGGCUGGUGCAGAGCCGUGCACGGCAAGACGCUCGCACCCCCGACAAACUCAAGAGGAACGAGUCUCUGAUGGCCAACAGCAACCUGAGCCUGGAGCAGAAGAAGAGGAAGAUCCUCCGGAACCUACGCCUGCUGGAGACACAGGGGGUGCUGCAGGCUUCCACUACAGAGAGGGCUAUUCUCACUAUGAUCGCUAAGGACAUCCGGCAACAGAGGCUCCACAGACAGAGGAGAGGAGCAGAGCUGAUGAAGCUCAGACACACCCUGAGCAGCCUGCAGGCCAAGAGCAGCUUCCACAGUGAGCAGAUGGACUUCUACAGACACUACAUCACUUCCUGUCUGGACAAACUGGCCGCUACCAAAGCCCCAGACAGCAAGAGCAAGAAGAAAGGCCUGAGCUACAGUGCCACCAGGCUACAGCAGAAAGGAGUGCUGCUGGAGAUAGAAGACCUGCCCCAGACACAAUUUAAGAACGUGCUGUUUGAGAUCGUCCCUGGAGCAGAGAAGGGCACCUUCAGUGUCAAAGCUCGCUUCCUGGGAGUUCAGAUGGAGGAGUUCACCGUCACGUACCAGGAACUGCUCCAGCUGCAGUAUGACGGAGUGGCCGUGAUGAAGAUGUUCGACAAAGCCAAAGUCAACGUCAACCUCCUCAUCUUCCUUCUCAACAAGAAGUUCUACAACAAGUGAACUUCCUCGCUCUGCACUGCACUUUAAUAUCACAGCAUUACUCAAAAGCUUUUACUACUUUAAUUAUACCUUUAUUUUAGGCACUCCCAUAUCACACCGUGCCGUCAUCAUGGGGAAAUAUUACAUGUGAUAUCUGUUUUUAUCUGUGUGUCUACUCUGAACUGUGUAAAAAUACAAAGUCAAAGUCAGAUAAGUAAAAGAGUGUAAUGGCUUUAGGUUAUGAUUAAAGGAGCACAAUAGAAUUUUUCUGGUUAAAAUUUAUAUCAUUGCCUGAGUUGGAUCCUUACCCGACUUGGCACAGUUUUUCAAACUGAGCAUGCCCAGACACUUUGGCUCAAGCGCUGAAGUUGCUACAGUAACUUUACUUGGGAUAAAUCUCAUUUUUGACAUUCGUUUGAUCAGAUUUAUCUUUGAAUAUAAACUGUUUUACUGAUAAAUACUGAUCCAGCCUGAACAUUUGGUAUUUAAACUGUUCAUAAAGAUUAUAAAACAAACCAGCAGAACUAAGCCUGACUGCCUGAUUUGAAUGGCUAACUUUGAUCUUUUUUUUCCUAUUUCUAAGAAUAAACUUUAAUACAUCAAAUUGAAUACAUAUAUACAUUUAAGCUGAGCAGUACGUAUGGGUACAGCAAACACUGAAUAAACACAUUUAAGAGUUACGUUACAAGGGUGCCAAGUGGGGCAAUGACAGUUUACAACACCUGCUUAUUACCAUGGACAUACUGUUCUAUAUAUGCAGUAUGUUUUUGUCUGAAAUGUUCCACUGUAUGGCAUAUCUUAUCUAUUUCCAUGGAGGAAGUGGAGAGCAAAUUACAGGGCAGGUCUGUGGAGAACUGACCCGGCUUAAUACAUGUUUUUCAAGUCUUUUUCCUGCAAUAAAACGCUAGUUAAGUAAAUGCAACAUAGAUUAAUUCCAGACAAUACUAUACAUCUCUAUGGAGACAAGCAGAUGGCAUAGUACUCCUUUAAAUGCUGACCAAAAUAGCCAAAACAUGGAUGUCAGAAUUGACUGAACUGCAGUAGACUCUAGAGAGUAUUAUAAUGUUAUUGUGUGUGUUUUUUUUGUGUGUUGUUUUGUUGUUUCAAACCCCUCUCAGCUUUCCCUCAGGAUAAGCUGUGAGUACUAUCAUUAUAUACUUUGAAUGUUUUUAUGACCUAAGACACUCCAGUCUGUCUCCUCCCAUGUGCUCUGCCAUGUACUGUAUCUAUUCACC